AUGGAGCCAAUUCCUCUCAGAGCUCUCACAGUUCUUCUCAACUAUGAGUUCAUGGUAUCGGACCCCCGGUUCCAUGGAGUGAGAUUCCUCCUGUCUAGCGUAGCGGAUGCUACCACGCUUCCAACUAUCAAAGGCCGUAUUCCUGACUUGUUCAAGAACCUUCCAGCUACGAUUAGAAAGCAAUCCUUAAAUCAAUUCGUCACCUUCGAAGAACCUUUGCCGGCUGAUAUCGCUUCUACAACGAUCCUCAUCCACCCAGAUGCGGCUCCUAGUGUACAAGCUCUAACGUUUGCUCAGCGUGAGCUAAUCUAUCACGAGACUCAUUCCAGCGAUGGAUGUCUCAAGGCUAUUGCUUUGUUUCAAUUCUUCUUCGACCUCUGUUCCCCUGGACAGAAGCUUAGCAUCCAACUUACCAACGAGUUCAUUUCAGAAAGGAAUGCUAACUCACAGGGCCCCCAGGAACCGACCAUAGUUGAUAUACAUGCGCGAGAUGUUCUCAAGUUCAUUAGCAAAGGUCCGAAGCUACACUCAAUAGUUGCACUUCCCCCCACCAAAGUGUUGAUUAACGGUUCCCGAGAGAACGAACCACAUGCGGUGCUACAAUUUUAUUCACCCAGAGAUUUGCAUCAUUUCAUAGUUGAUAUGACCCGGAUGCAGUAUGGGGAGGCUGGACGGAGAAACUUAUUUCUUGGGAACAGACCGUGA